UUAUAAACGUUGUUCGUGCCGUCGUCGUAGCGGUUUACACCAACGACAUCGAUAUCAGCAAGAUGGCCGCGCCCAGUUUGUUUAGGUUGCAGUCGAAAGAUUCAUACAAAAGUGACCAUUAAACCAGACGACUAAACAGUCGGAAAACACACUGGAGUAAACCGAACCAGAGCACUAUUCCGUGCCGUUCGUCAUCGGCAAAAAAUGAGGUCUAGCGAAUCGGAUGACGAAGGUCCGCCGGAGCUGUCUGACUACGCGAAAGCCGCGCUGGAAGAGUUUUUGCGUGACAGAGAGAAGCAAGAAAAGGGAAAUGCACCAGAGGAGGACUGGCAAUUAAGCCAGUUCUGGUACAGUGACGAGACAGCAGCGGCUUUGGCCAAGGAAGCACUACGUGCAGCAGGGCCUGAAGGAGCGAUUGCUUGUAUCUCGUGCCCAACUCUGUAUGCUAAGCUUCGAGAGAUGGGCUGCAAGAACACACUCAAGCUCCUAGAGUUCGACCUAAGGUUUGAAUGUUACGGGGAAGACUUUGUGCACUACGACUACAACGUUCCGCUCGAGAUACCUAAGGACUGGCAGGGAAAGUUCACAGUGGUGGUGCUCGAUCCCCCUUUCCUCUCCGAGGAGUGUUUGUCAAAAAAUGCACAAACGGUGCAAUUCCUGCGGCCCACAUUUAUAAUCCUCUGCACAGGUGCAGUGAUGGAGCCCUAUGCAGAACAGCUCCUUGGCCUUCGACCGUGCAAUUUUGAGCCAACACACACGCGGAAGCUUGGCAACGAGUUUAAAUGCUUUGCCAACUACGACUUAGAUGAAUUUUGCUGUUGAGCUAUUGAGAUUGAAAGUAGUUUUUGAGACUAACUAAAGUGUUUUGCUAGUCCUAACAAUCCCCAUUAGUUUUUACGACUAAUCGAAGUGUUUUCCUAGUCCUAAGAAUCCCUGGUAGAUUUUGACUAAUCAAAGUAUUUUCCUAGUCCUUACAAUUCCAGUAUUCUUUGUUAUAGGAAAUUUAUAUACAUGCCCAAAAUAAAACAAGUACAACAA